AUGGAUAAACUGCGGUUUGCCUUUCACCUGUUGCUUUUGAUUUCCUUGUUGACCGUAUGCACGGGUGCUGCUGAAGGAUGUUGCGAUCACGACGAUUACCGCAGUCCUGGCCGGGGUCGCAAUUCUGUUAAACAUUGCCGUGGGCAAGCCUGCCCAGCGGAUGAUAUCCAGUUGCCAGACUCUGCUGCUCUGGCGGGCCGUGAGACGCCUGGUUUUGGUUCGUUAUGGGCCCGUCAUAUCACGGAUUUCUAUUCAGAUCUCUCGCGGCGGAAAUUCUUCAAGCCCAGGCCUGUUCCUAAGCCAACCCCGAAGCCUCCUAAGUUUGGGUCGCCGCCGCCGUGGAGUUUCCCUAAGAACCCCUCUAGUCCCAAACCCGGGGGAGGGUCGCCUAAGAACCCCGGGAAGCCGGACAAGCCAAACCGCACACAGGACUCGGACCCGCCACGGCGAACGUCGGAUCAGAUGGGUGAUCCUGGAGACGGUGGAAGUGGUGGCGCUUCUAAACCCACUCGCCUAGUUCCUUCUCAGGUAACAAGGGCUCCUCUGCCGAGCAGCAGCCGCAGAGCCGGUCUAGUUGCCAAUGGAGGAAAUUCGUGGGCUCCCCAUCCGGUGCUUCUGUUUAUCGCCAUUACAGGAUCGGGACUCGUGAUAUUUCUGUGGUGA